UCCCCCAUUUAUAACAUCAAGACAAACAAGGACCCUUUACAGAGCAAACUUCACUUCCAGAAACCCAAGUAGCCAAUCCUACACAAACAAAAACCACCAUUUUUGAGCUCCAACUAUAAUAUGAUUCUUAUACACCACGACUCUAACCCAUCAUCCUAAAACGCUUAACUUCCUCUAGAUCAACGUCUUUUUUUAUCGUUCUUCUUCUUCUUUUUACUUACAGAGUAUUGGAGUCUUAGAGAGCAAGUAAGAUGUCUGUUUUGGCAGCAAAUUCUCAUAUUUUGUGUAGAGAAAUGCAUCACAGAGAGCAUCAGCAACAGUUUUGGAUCAGUGGUGGGAGCUUGUUGCUGCGAAAAGCUUCUUCUGGGUUUGGACUUUUGAACAGAAACAGAGAUGAUGGCAAGAAGAUGAUGAAGUGGGACUUCAAAGUUGAGGCUUUUUGGAAUGAUUCAAGACCCACUGUUGUAGAGCUGGAAGCCAUCAACGACUGUGAUCACUUUGAUCAGAUUCUACGCCAUGCACAAGAGCAAUCCCAGCCCAUUAUCAUUGACUGGAUGGCAGCUUGGUGCCGCAAAUGCAUUUAUUUGAAGCCUAAAUUGGAGAAAUUGGCUGCUGAAUAUGACACCAAGGUCAAGUUCUAUUAUGUUGAUGUCAACAAGGUACCUCAAGCUCUGGUUAAGCGUGGAAACAUCUCUAAAAUGCCAACAAUUCAGAUAUGGAAAGAUGGGGAGUUUAAAGCAGAAGUGAUUGGGGGACAUCAAGCCUGGCUUGUACUUGAUGAAGUGAGAGAAAUGAUCCAAAAAUUUGUGUGAUGCUUGAUGUUUUGGUCCCUAUUUCUUGUAAUAUUAUUGUUUUCUUUCUUCUGCUAGGCCUCUGUCCUUGUAAUCUUUUCUAACCACAGCAUAUAAUGAAGAACACAAUAUGUACAGUCAAAUUUCUUU